CAACUCAUAGGAGAAGGAUUCGGGUGCAAGAAACUAAAAGGACACAGCCACCGAGGGCAAUGGGGACUUCAUUCGUUGGGUACUUUACGUUUGUCCUGCUUCUCCUAGCAUUGACCAAAGUACGAGGAGGUCCGGCCUUCAACACCCCCCUGUCUUCAGACUUGUCCGAUUUAAAGGGUCUCCUGGAACGUUUAGAAGACAGACUCCCGGUAGAAGAAGCCGAGGCUCCAGCUCAAGACUUGUUCCCCCCAAAUUAUGAUUCUUCCGACUCUGCAAACUCAGCACCGUCCUGGACUGGAGAGGCAGCCCGGCCCGGGGCCGACAUGACGUAUAACAGAGGGUCCUGGCUACAGCAGGAGAAAUCGUCUCCGCUGAGGAACAAGCUUCGAGAGCUGCUGAACGCUCCCCGCAGCAUGAGGAGAUCAUCCGACUGCUUCGGAUCGCGAAUCGACAGAAUUGGCGCUCAAAGCGGCAUGGGGUGCGGCCGCAGGUUCUAAGAGUAUCGUCUUCGGACCGUAGAAGAACCCAAUCUUCGCCAUCGAGGGGAUCUCGUGCCGUUAUUUAAGGACGUCUUCUUCAUACAGACCCUCCGCACCGAUCACGGCCCUCCUCAUUAUUUAAAGUCAUAUUUAUUUUUCUACAUUGUAACAACUCCCCGUCACCGUAGUCACCAAGCGGGUUCCAGUAACGCGUUGCCAGGUUUAGAAGUCGGAUCAGCGUUGCGGAUUCUGUCCCGGCGCACCGUAUUCUUCUUUUGUUUUUGUCUUGUAUGGGAAUAAAGUGAGAGGUUUUUCCUAGUC